GGAGAAACAGUCAGGAAAGAAAGUGAUUAUGGGAGACUUCAAUGAGGACAUCUUGACAUCAUCUACAAUUGGUACACUAAUGGAACUACAUGGAUACAGUCAACAUGUGCAACACCCUACCACUGAAAAAGCUUCCAACUGGCAUACAACUGCAGGGCAAGUGUACAACUGGAGACGGUAUGUUCUAAGUCUAUCUAUAUCUAAAUGAAUAACUCUUAUAAUGAUCCAUCAGUUGAAUAUGUACAGCUGUUCCAUGUUAUGAUUGAAGUAUUAUCUGAAGGUAAUCCAUUUUAUCAAUGCAACACUCUGAAAUGAGAAUUGUAUCACUGUAUUGUCUGUUCUGUUUUUGUGUCCAUACGAUAUGAGUGCUAUCCUGAGAUUCCAACAUGGUCAGAGUCCAGUUAAUCCAGCCUGUAAUUCAAACAAGUGAUCAUCAUUUUCAACGCAACAUCUCCCAUAAUUGCUCUUCUUUCUUGAGCUAGUAAGCUUCACCCAGCCAAGUCAUUCUAAGCCAUCCAAAUCAUAAUGGAUGCUUGCAAACAUUAUAGGAAGCAUCCACAAAGACUGCCUGCAUCCAUCCAUUUGUCUCCUAAUAUCACAUUUAAGUCAAUAGAACAACACAAAAUUGGUUUGUGCAUCAACUAACUACUAACUACUGUCAAAGAUUUCUGCAAUGUUACACUUCAAACUUCCGCCUUAUCCAUUAUGAUUCUCUGCUCCACGAACUGUUUUUAUGAAGAGGCACACAACCAAUCAAAAGGUUUGUGCAAUACAUUACACUUCAAACUUCCGUCUUAUCCGCUAUGAUUCUCCACCCCAUGAACUGUUUUUAUGAAGAGGCACACAACCAAUCAAAAGGUUUGUGCAUGAAAACCCAAUAUCUCCUGUCCACUACUCCCAAAAGAUUUCUGCAAUUUACUACACAUCAAACUUCCUUCUCCAAUAUGACUCUCCACCCCAUGAACUGUUUUUAUGAAGAGGCACACAACUAAUCAAAAGGUUUGUGCAUGAAAACCCAAUAUCUACGGUCCACUACUCCAAAAAGAUUUCUGCAAUGUUACACUUCAAACUUCCGCCUUAUCCAUUAUGAUUCUCGGCUCCACAAACUGUUUUCAUGAAGAGGCACACAACCAAUCAAAAGGUUUGUGCAUGAAAACCCAAUAUCUACGGUCCACUACUCCAAAAAGAUUUCUGCAAUAUGUUAAACUUCAAACUUCCGCCUUAUCCAUUAUGAUUCUCCGCUCCAUGAACUGUUUUUAUGAAGAGGCACACAACCAAUCAAAAGGUUUGUGCAUCAAAACCCAAUAUCUCCUGUCCACUACUCCCAAAAGAUUUCUGCAAUUUACUACACAUCAAACUUCCUUCUCCAAUAUGACUCUCCACCCCAUGAACUGUUUUUAUGAAGAGGCACACAACCAAUCAAAAGGUUUGUGCAUCAAAACCCAAUAUCUCCUGUCCACUACUCCCAAAAGAUUUCUGCAAUUUACUACACGUCAAACUUCCUUCUCCGCUAUGACUCUCCACCCCAUGAACUGUUUUUAUGAAGAGGCACACAACCAAUCAAAAGAUUUCUGCAAUGUUACACUUCAAACUUCCACCUUAUCCAUUAUGAUUCUCCGCUCCACUAACUGUUUUUAUGAAGAGGCACACAACCAAUCAAAAGGUUUGUGCAAUGCGUUACACUUCAAACUUGCACCUUAUCCAUUAUGAUUCUCCACUCCAUGAACUGUUUUUAUGAAGAGGCACACAACCAGAAGUUG